CGUACGCCGCUUUCGCACAAAUCUGGUUCCAAACUGAUGCUGGGGAAACCACCAAACAAUGGGCAUUGGAGGAUUGACUUAUGUGCUGUUUGUCUGCAUUACAAACAUGUCCUUGGCAAGCGUGGAUUUCACCCUAUCGAUUUACACCGUGACUUCCAGGAGUAUUUCAGCUCGCUGGAGCCAAUACGUAGGAGCACAUUCCUACAAGUUUUCUGCAGCUUCCAACACAGCCACGCAACAGCCCGUGUUUGUUCUCUUCGACAAUCGAUUUGUUCUCGGUACUGUGUCCAACCUGCUGCCUGCAACUCGGUACAAUAUCAAAGUAGAGGCUUUUGAUUCGAGCGGGAACGUACUGGCUGAAGCUCAAAUACAACACCAGACAGCUCCUGAUAUCCCUUUGAACAUAAAGGCUUAUUCAAAGACCAGCAAUAGCAUUACUGUGAAUUGGUCUGCAGUUCCCAAAGCCACAGGCUAUAUUGUGAAAGCCAAAGCUGGCAAUUCAAUCACUAAAAUAGACGUCAAUGAUUCAUCAGGAACCCUGACAGGUCUACAGCCCUAUACUUCAUACGUCAUCUCUGUGCAGUCUUCAAAUCCUGGAGGAAGCAGUCAGCCAUCACUGCCCGUAGAAACAAGAACAGUUUUAGAUGCCCCAGUCAUCCACUCUUCUUCCACAAACUUUAAUAUCAUCACUGUGAGUUUGGAGCCUAUGUCCCAAGCUGUGAAAUACAGUUUCAUUAUCAUCAGGUCAGAUGCAACGGGCAACAAAAUUAAAAAGACCACAACGUCUACCAAUGUAACUUUUACUGACUUGGACCCAGGCACUUGGUACACUAUAAAAGCCCAUGCUUUGGAUGCCAAUGGCAUACCUGGAGAUGACAGGAUAAAAGAACAAGUGACAAGACCACUUGCUCCAAAAGCAGUACGUGCAAUUCUCACAAUUGAUUCACUGAGUAAGUCCCUGGGAGUUAUGGUUACUUGGAAUGCCUCAGAAGGCUCAACAACUUAUGUUGCUGUACCCAUUGAGAAAUCUCGCAAAGUUGUCCAGAACUGCACAUCAAAAUCCACAUCCUGUGUCAUCUCUCCUAUCCAAUGUAGUAUACAAUAUAAUGUCACUGUUGUCGCCUUUAAUGAAGCCGGACCUUCUGACCCUGCAAGGCCUACUGAGUUCACUAGUGUACCUUGUAGUCCACAUGAUAUUACAAUUCAGGAGAUGCAUCCAGGGAACUUAACUGUAUCCUGGUCCCCAUCUGCUCUGACUGAUUACUACAAUACUUUUGUAAAAAGGGAUGAUGGCCUGGAGGUUACCUGUAACACUACACUUAAAAGAUGUUACUUCCAGUCAGAAUGUGGAUUCACGUACUUUAUCAGUGUUUUCUCCUACAACAAAGCUGGGCAGAGUCCUCCAGGCAAUGUUUUAAAUUAUACAACGAUGCCAUGUUGUCCAACAAAAGUUAAAACAUUAUUUGUCUCAAGUGAUACUAUUGAGGUGAAAUGGGAUUCAGUUCGUGGAGCUGAAAUGUAUGAAACCAAGGCACAAGAUGAUGGCUCAACAGUAUUCUGUAAUGACACUUCCACAGUCUGUACCUUAUCUGGAUUGAAAUGCAAUACACAAUACAAUGUUACUAUAUAUUCUUACAGUGAUAUCAGGGGAUUCAACAAUUCAUGUCACAGAAAGCCAAUCACAACAGGGCCAUGCAGUCCCAGAAUUCUGAAUAUUACAAAGAUAAAUCCAACCACGGUUAAUAUUUCAUGGGAACAAAAUAAUAUUCAUGCACAAUACAAAGUGUUUGUUUUUGGAAAGGCUGGAAUCCGAUCCUGCAAUAGCUCUGGAUGUUCUUGUGAAAUUGCUCACCUACCCUGUGGAUCCACCUUCUCCGUCAGUGUAGUAGCCACUACUCCAGAAGGAAGGAGCUUGCCCAGCUACAGCAUGCCAACAGAAACAGCACCCUGCUGCCCUAAUAACUUAACAGUAGUACAAGUUACACAGUCAAUAACCAAUGUUAGCUGGACUCCUGCAACUGGAGCACUGUCAUAUACUACACUCCUGGAGUCGCCUAAAGGACAAGCCAAGUGCCACACCGGAGAAACCCACUGUCUUCUUGGAUGUAUAACCUGCAGCACCAACUAUACAGUGUCUUUACUUGCCAUUAGUGAAACUGGAAUGGUAUCAGAGUGUAGAUACCAAGGGUAUUCAUCCAGUGGCUGCUGUCCAUCUGCAGUUAAACUUUACAGGCUAGGGAGCAAUGCUUUACGAGUUUACUGGCAUGCCUCUUCCUCUGUAAAUUACGUAGUAAAUGUUACCAGCGACAAUGCAAACUUCACCUGCUCCCCCACAACCAGCGUCACAUACUGUGAUAUAAAUGAGAUUUACUGUGGGGAUCUCUACACUGUCAUCGUUUCUCCAAUUUCCACAGAUGGAUCAAUAAUCACAUUUUGUCCAAUGAAAAUGUAUUCAGUCUCCUGUUCUAUGAAUUCGGGUGCAAUGGUAAUUUAUCGAGGGAAGAGAAGCUUAGAAAUGCCAAGGAAUUGAAAUCAUCAAAAUCAGCUCAUCCCAACAGAAGGCAAUAAAAUGAUUCCCCACAUUAUAUUUAGACGACACAAUGUGAAACCAGC